AUAUGGGAAGACACACACACACUCACACACCAGUCUCAGGGGAUGCCAGUGAGGUGUGGCUUGUAUUUAAAUACCAAUAUGUCAAUGUAAGGGGAGUGGGUAUGUAUAUAAAGUGCCGUUUGCAUUUGAUAGCUCGAGGAAGCUAGCAAUAAGAGGCUGGACGAGAUGGAUGCGGAGGGCAAGCAGCACUUUGACUGUAAGUAAGGUCAAGAGCGCGCUGCCUCACACUCUCCUCCACUGAGAAGUUCCUUGGACACGAACAGACGUCGCCUGCAGCUGGGCAGAACGCAGAGCAAAGGAGCAAGCGAGCGCCACCGUAUCGCCCGCGACCGCCACGAGAAGAGGCAGUUCGCGCCCCACGGUCCAGGCUCGGCCCGCAGGCAUCCCGCACAGCCCCGAGCCGCCGUCGGUCCUGCCAUGGCGGAGGUGGCGGGGGUCUUUGCCUCUUUGGAUUGGGAUCUGCAUGGCUUCUCCUCCUCUCUGGGGAACGUGCCCUUAGCUGACUCUCCGGGUUUCCUGAAUGAGCGCCUGGGCCAGAUCGAGGGAAAGCUGCAGCGUGGCUCGCCAACGGACUUCGCCCACCUGAAAGGGAUACUGCGGCGGCGCCAGCUCUACUGCCGAACUGGCUUUCACCUGGAGAUUUUCCCCAACGGCACGGUACACGGCACCCGCCACGACCACAGCCGCUUUGGAAUUCUGGAGUUUAUUAGCCUAGCUGUGGGGCUGAUCAGCAUCCGGGGUGUGGACUCUGGCCUGUACCUAGGAAUGAAUGAGAGAGGAGAACUAUAUGGAUCGAAAAAACUCACACGUGAAUGUGUUUUCCGGGAACAAUUUGAAGAGAACUGGUACAACACCUAUGCCUCUACCUUGUACAAACACAUGGACUCAGAGAGACACUAUUAUGUGGCCCUGAAUAAAGAUGGAUCACCUCGGGAGGGAUACAGGACUAAACGACACCAGAAAUUCACUCACUUUUUGCCCAGGCCAGUAGAUCCUUCUAAAUUGCCUUCCAUAUCCAGAGACCUCUUCCACUAUAGGUAAUAGACCUCCAGUGUGACCUCUGUGACCCAUGUAUUCUGGGGCCACAGUAAUCUCUGCAAGCAUUAUACUCAUAGCUUUUCAAUCUUUCCUUCCUAUCAGUUUAGAUAACACAGAAGCACUUACUGCUCAACUUGACCCAGCUGGUCUCUUGUUCAAAGUGUAUAUCAAGGUUGGGCUAUUUUGGGGAGGGAUGGGGGAGGAAGGGAUGGGCAUAAGGGAAUCUUGUAUAUACUUUUUAUUUUUAUUCAUUUCUUUCCCUGGAGGUAGCACAACAUAGAAUGGGGGCCUCUGCCAAAGCAAGGGGUGUCUUGCUCCAGUCUACCUAAAGACCUUUUGACAAUGGGUACAAAUGAAAGGCCAAGAAAUCUGCCAUACGUGCUACUUACAAAUCUUUGGAAAAGUCUCAUUAAGAAAAUCUUUGGGAAAAAAAGAAAAAGAAAAAAAGAAAAUCUUUGGG